GUGAGUCUACACUCCAAAACACCAGGUGGUCUAUACCGCUGUGUGCCAGCCAGCACUGCUGAAACACCAAGAAGUGAAAGAGCAGAAUUAAGGAUUAUGACACGAUUAAGAGAAGGCGCACUCUUUGCCAUCAUCAUUAUUUUUUAACUCUGCCUGCAGUUGAACACAAAGACCUGGAGGAGACUCCCACAUCCUUCGGGGAGGAGAAAGGAGGCGGCGAGGCCCGAUUACAGGAACUUGGGGGCUGGUGGCCUCUGCGCACCGGCCGGCCGGCGAGGGGGCGAGGGGAUUAGAGUCCCGGGGCGGUGACCGAGCGGGAGAUGAGGCGCUGCCGCCGCCGCUGACCCUCGGUUCUGGAACAGCCGCUGCGCUUUGUGCUGCCCGCACAUGUGUCUGCCCGGCGCAUCCGGAGGCGCGCACACGAGCAUCCACCACGGCCGCCGGGGAGAGAGUGCCCGCCAUGCCCACGGAGAGCCUACAGACAGGUAGCAUGGUGAAGCCGGUCAGCCCCGCCGGCACCUUCACGUCGGCCGUGCCCCUGCGCAUCCUCAACAAGGGGCCCGACUACUUUCGCCGCCAGGCGGAGCCCAACCCCAAGAGACUCAGCGCCGUGGAGCGGCUGGAGGCCGACAAGGCCAAGUACGUCAAGAGCCAGGAGGUCAUCAACGCCAAGCAGGAGCCCGUGAAGCCGGCGGUGCUGGCCAAGCCCCCCGUGUGCCCGGCCGCCAAGCGCGCGCUCGGCAGCCCCACGCUCAAGGGCUUCGGCGGCGGCGGCGGCGGCGGCGCCAAGAGCGAGGGGGGCGCGCCUCGCGAGACCCUGAAGCUGGAGAUCCUCAAGAACAUCCUCAACAGCUCCGAAGGCUCCACCGCGGGCUCGGGCCACAAGCACAGUGCGCGGAACUGGCCGGCGCCCCGGGCCGACGCGGCCGAGCUGCACCGGCACUCAUUCGCUGAGUCGCUGCGCGCGCGCCCAGCGCCGGGCCGGGGCAGCCCCCAGGAGGGCGGCUCGCACGUGGGCCGCCGGCUGCCCGAGCCCACCUCUUCCGCCGCUGCCGCUGCCGACGCCUUUCUGCACGUGUCCCACAGCUCCUCGGACAUCCGCCAGGGGCCCGGCGCCAGGCCCUUGAAGGCCAUCCUCCCCUGCAGCAGUUCCGCCCCGCCGCUGCCCCCCAAGCCCAAGGUGGCCGCCCCGGCCGCAGUGAAGUCCCCCGAGGCCGAAGCGGCCGAGCCAGCCGGCGGGGUGGGCAGGAGACCCUCGCUGCAGCGCUCCAAGUCGGACCUGAGCGACAGGUAUUUCCGCGUGGACGCCGACGUGGAGCGCUUCUUCAACUACUGCGGACUGGAUCCAGAGGAGCUGGAGAACCUGGGCAUGGAGAACUUCGCGCGGGCCAACUCGGACAUCAUCUCGCUCAACUUCCGCAGCGCCAGCAUGAUCAGCUCGGACUGCGAACAGUCUCAGGACAGUAACAGUGACCUUAGGAACGAUGACAGUGCCAAUGACCGGGUGCCCUACGGCAUCUCCGCCAUCGAGAGGAACGCGCGCAUCAUCAAGUGGCUGUACAGCAUCAAGCAGGCCAGGGAGUCGCAGAAGGUGUCCCACGUGUAAGAGGCAGCAGCGCGCCCGGAGGGAGGCAGGGGGGGUUCUCUGUCCGCGCCUCGGCACUUGUGAAGAUUGUGAGGUCUCCUUGAAGUGUUGUGAGCUUCUCCACUCUCUUUGUGUUGCUUGUUGUGCAAUGUCUUUCCCGUUGCAUGCCCGCCAACACGGGGACUGACCUGGCGUCCUCGGCUACCAUCGCUGCCGAGCCUGCCGGUCGCGCGUCACCCGCCCCAAAGUGUCAGGCCACAUCCUAAUUUAGGGCUUCAAUCUUUGGCAAAACUGUUUACACGGAAAACGGUAUACAACUUCUUCAAUAUUUAUGUGGUUCUAGUGUUUUUAUAUCCCGCGCUAUGGUGUCUUAAUUAAAAGUUUUAUCAACUGGCUUUUAAGUUGGGAGUAGCAUCUUUUUGAAUUUAAAAAAAGCCAAUUUGCCUACAUGUGAGACCCAAACGGGAAAAUAAAUGGGCUCUGCUAUCAAACAGAUAGUGAGGGAUCCCAGAGAACUGGGCUGGGCUUUCUGAGAAAGAAAGUGGGAAAUCCGAUGUCAGUCAUUUACUGUUGACAGUCCUCUUGCCAUUUACACAAGGAAUGGUUGGGGACACAUCAUUCUGUGUCUGAUUUGGUGUAUAAACGUUGGUGGUUCUAUGUAAUACUGACCCCAAGGAAAGACAAUCAGAUACAAUGAAGGGGGUUAAAUCAGGAGCUUGGGUGUUAGAGGGGCUUGUUACUAUUAAUCUGAUUGGGUUGAUUUAGAAAUUUCGACUACCAAUCAUUUGACAGAACUGGCCACCCUAGAGCUGAUACUGAAUGUUUUUUGGGUUUUUUUUAAGUUGGUUUUUUGGUUGAGAAUUCCAAGUGGAUUCUCCUCCCUCCCUUUGUUGUAAUUGUUUUAUCUGGGAGAGGGGAGUGGGGCUUGGGUGGUGGGAACUACCUGAAGACCACUGAACACAAAUGGAAAUGCCAGCCAUAUCAGUUUAGAGCCUUCUCUUCAGAAGUCAGUACCUUUGGUAGCUGGACCAGAUCUGGGCAGCAUGACUAUGUCCUCAUGCAUAUGUUAACCUGUGAGGCUGCAGGGAACUUGAAACAUGACUCUGUGUAGCUUUUCAACCCGAAGAUCCGUAGGGCUGCAUAUCAGCUUGUUCCCCCAUAAGCUGUGCUACAGGUGGUCUAGUUGGCUGUCUGACAGCUGACAGUCAUCCUGCAGUGGCCAAGGGGUCCACCUGGGAUGCUCAGCUUCCUCGCUCUUGUAGACAUGCCCUGGAGCUCCCAGCAGCACUGCCUUAGCCUUCAUCAGCUCAUAGGAUACUUUUUAUGCUGUAAAUGCUGUAAGACUUUGUACAUACUUCAGUUGUUUAUGAAAUCUUUAAGAAGAAAAAAAAAAAGCAACGUUACUCUAAUAAAUAGCUCUGGUGCAG